AUGAAGAAUAAUUGUAAUUUGUGCCGAUAAAGUACUAAGUAACUCAUAUUGGAUAAAUUGCAAACCAAAUACUUUGAAGCAUUCAAUUUCUAUUUUGCCAAACCUAUUAAUGAAAUCCUGUCUUAAAUUACGAGCACUCCUCAUGUAAUCUAUUAUAAGGAUUAUCUGAUAUUAGAUGAGCAAUAAGAAUACAUGAAAAGGUAGUUGAACUUCCUUAAAUUGUAGAUAGUAUAAAUAGGAUGAAGUCAAACCGAGACUUGAUAUUUUGACAGAAUUUUAUGUUACCAAUUACAAAGAUGUGCAUCCCUAUCUUUUGAUUGUCGAUUAACAUCAACUGAUGAUUAAGAGGAAUAAGCGAAUCGAUAAACUUUAUUAUCAGAGAGUUUAACAAAGCCAACAUUCAAAUAAAUCAAAUAACCAAAUUGUAAUUAACAACGUUCUCAAUUCAAAACUAUCCUCCAAUUCAUAAAUCAGUUAUGAAACCGAACAACACGACAUCUAUUCAUCACAAGACAAACCAAAUAAACUCACUCGCCUCGAUUUUAAAGGCUUAAACCUCAUUAACCUUCAAGAAGAAACUUAACAAUUAAAUGAAAUGCUAGAUAGGCAUUAUCUCAUUAUAAAUCAAAUGAGUAACUCACUCAAAAAAUUACCAUCGCAUUUCUAUUUGAAAUCCCCUCUUCCAAGUUAGUAACUUAUACCCACCAAUAAUAUCAUCAAGGAUUUACAUACCACUAAAAGUGUUAAACGUAGAACUAAUCACAUUGAUUUACGAGAAAAGAAAGGUAUUUUCUUGUAUAUAAAAGGUUAGCUAUACUUGCCAAUUCCAAAAGUGAAUCCAAACACUCUUAAUCCAGUUUUAAAAUGUCAAAAAUCAAAGAUUCAGUCGAUCAAUAAGUGGAGUAAUUCUAGGAAGGAGUACCUGGUCACAAUGAACCUAUCGAUCAAGAGGAUAAAAACAAAACCUAGAAAUUUGAAAAUAAUUUUGUCAUCCAGAAGAUGCUUAGAGAGUAUUAAGGGAAUCACAACCGCUAAUUAAGAUAGACUAUUUCUUAAGAUCUCAUUGUGGCAAGCACCUCUACUGUAAUCCAAGGAUUCUAAGGGUCUUAAAAGAGUAUUAAAUAGGAUCAAAACAAUAACAAUAAUGGCAGUAUACAAAACAUAUCUUAACGAUAAGAGUAAUUAAAAAAAGCGUAUUAGCCAAUUAAUAUUUAAUAAAAAAAGAUAAAUUAAAAUCAACUGGAUAAAAUUACUAAAGGCGGCUCGCUUACUGAUAGGAAUUCAAAGUAAUUGCCUAUUGCUGAAGAUUUGUUUCAUAGAUUGCAUGACUUGAAAAUUAGGAGCUCUUAAAAUGCAGAUUAACAAAAGAAACCAGAAUUCAACUAUAUGUUACCUUCAUAAUAUAAUACUCUAACCACCUUGAAGAUGAAUAGUAAUUCAAAAGCCAAAUCUUAAUAUUCUAAGAAAACCACUGCAGUUGACUUGGGCACAAAGUCCUAGCAUCAGAAACAAGCAAAUCAUAGUUAAUCUAAGGUUCUGAAUAUUAAUUCAUAAAAAACAGAUGACAUAGUCAAAAAAUACAUUCAGAUGGCUACUUAAUCCAUAUAGAAUCAUAAAAAAUUUGAUUUCAAAUUGAAUCUUUAAAAUUUAAAUAAUAAUGAACCACAUGUCGAAGAUGAUUUUUGUAAUUAUAGCAAUUUAUUUAGAAAAUAAACGUCUGAAUUUUCUUACAGAAAGACAUAGCUAACAACAAUAAGACAGAGAUUAAUUUAUAACUCAUAGAAAAAUUGUGAUUAAAUAAUGA